AAGCCGGAAGCCCUAAAACACCUAACACUCCUCUUCUCUUCAAACUGAUGGCGAGUCCUGAGCAGACAGACAGACGAUCAUGCAACAUAUGAUGGCAAACGUGGAGUCUGAGCUUUAACAGAAGGCCUGUGUGCACGUAAAGACCACGUGGAAGACAAAUGGCAGGAGAAUCGAGAGCGAGUUAGACCAAGAAGACCAAAGCGAAAGAAACCCUGACAUCUGAAAACCUCAAACACCACAAACAGACGUGAUCAUGAUGGAAGGAGUUCUAAUAAUACUAAUGAUACUAAUUAAGACAGCAGCGACCUCAGCCCCCGGCUCGGCAGCGGACAUUAAGCCCAGGCUGGAGACCGGAGCGCUGUCCUCCUGCUUCCAGCUGCAAGUAGAGGUCACAGAGAUUCCCUCUAACAUCUCCAACAACACCACGUUCAUGCAGAUCAGGCAGACGCAGAUCAGGGUGAUUCCCCGGGGGGCCCUCGCCAGCCUGCAGAGCCUACGAAAGCUCACCGUAGUGGAGAACAACGUGCUGGAGAGCAUCGGCGCCUUCGCCUUCGCCAACCUGUCGCGCCUCGUUUCUGUCUUCAUCUCAGAAAAUGCUGCUCUGGAGAGCAUCGGUGCUUUUGCCUUCUCCAAUCUGCCUCAACUCACGGAGGUAAGCAUAACAAAGUCAAAGCACCUGAGUUCCAUCCACCCCGAUGCAUUCAGGGACAUAGUGAACCUGAAGUAUCUGACCAUCUCCAGCACCGGGCUGAAGAUUUUGCCAGACUUCACCAAGAUCCGCUCCAAGGUCUCAGACUUUCUGCUCGACUUGAAUGAGAACAGCUACAUCGAGCGCGUCCCUGCCAAUGCCUUCAGAGGCCUCUGCACCCACACCAUCCAGGAGAUACGGCUCACCAGAAAUGGCAUCAAGGAGGUGGCAAGUGACGCCUUCAACGGCACAAACAUGCACAGAUUGUUCCUAAAUGGCAACCAACAGCUUACUUGCAUCAAUCCCAACGCCUUCGUGGGUUCCAGUGAGUUGGUGGUACUGGACGUCUCCCACACAGCUCUCCGCUCCCUCCCAGGCUCCGUCCUCGGUGGCCUCCAGCGGCUGAUUGCGAGGUCCGCCUACCAUUUGAAGGAGCUCCCUCCUCUGCAGCUCUUCGGGAAGCUGCACCAGGCCAACCUGACGUACCCGUCCCACUGCUGCGCCUUCCAAAACAUACACAGGAACAGAUCCAGGUGGAGCUCCCUGUGCUCCCACCCCAAGGCCCAGCAUGACCGCCACUUCUACAGGGACCACUGCUCCAACGCCACCUCCAUCGUCUGCAGCCCCACACCAGACGCCUUCAACCCCUGCGAGGACAUCAUGUCCACCGCCGCCCUGCGGGUGCUCAUCUGGGUCAUCUCUCUCCUGGCACUACUGGGGAACGGAGUAGUUCUGCUCGUCCUGCUGGGCAGCCGCUCCAAGCUGACUGUUCCUCGCUUCCUCAUGUGUCACUUGGCCUUCGCCGACCUCUGCAUGGGCAUCUACCUGGUCGUCAUAGCAACCGUGGACGUGCUCACUCGCGGCCGCUACUACAACUACGCCAUAGACUGGCAGACGGGCCUGGGCUGCAGCGCUGCGGGAUUCUUCACGGUGUUCGCGAGCGAGCUGUCGGUCUACACGUUAACAGCAAUCACGCUGGAGCGGUGGCACACCAUCACGCACGCGCUGAGGCUCGACCGCAAGUUCCGCCUGAGGCACGCGUGCGUGGUCAUGACGGUGGGAUGGAUCUUCUCCUCCCUCGCCGCUUUGUUGCCCACAGUCGGGAUCAGCAGCUACAGCAAAGUGAGCAUCUGCCUGCCCAUGGACGUGGAGUCGCUGGUUUCCCAGAUCUACGUGGUGUCUCUCCUCCUGCUCAACAUCCUGGCCUUCUUCUGUGUGUGCGGCUGCUACCUCAGCAUCUACCUGAGCAUCCGCAACCCCUCGUCGGCGCCGGCCCGCGCCGACACCUGCAUAGCCCAGCGCAUGGCCAUCCUCAUCUUCACCGACUUCACCUGCAUGGCUCCCAUCUCGCUCUUCGCCGUCUCUGCUGCCCUCAAGCUGCCUCUCAUCACCGUGUCCCAAUCCAAACUCCUGCUGGUGCUCUUCUACCCAAUAAACUCGUGCGCCAACCCCUUUCUCUACGCCUUCUUCACGCGCACCUUCAGGAGGGACUUCUUCCUCUUCGCCGCCCGCUUUGGCCUGUUCAGGACGCGGGCACAGAUUUACCGGACAGAGAAUUCCUCUCCGUGGACCUCUCCGAAAACCAGUCACGUGACACAGUACUCCUUGGCUAACACGCUUAGCCUGGAUGCGAAGCCGGAAUGCUAGCCGUCCCUCGAAGCACAGUCGCAACUCGUGUCGCUCUGUGGAUUUUCACGUCAAAGUUAAAAACAGGAAGAGUAGAAGUAAACUAAUUCCACCUUCAUGCCUUAUGUAACAAACACCAUCCAUCUGGUGUCCCAAGAUAAUGGAAUAAACCAAAUUACUUCAGAACAGUUUAGCAAAGGUUGUGAUGCGUGAUAUCAGCAAACGCACAUCCAGAAAUCAGCUUUCAUUCAGCGCUUUGAUUGAAUGAUAUUCAUUAAGAGGCGCCCUGCAGGGACCUGCUCAUUAGCAGCCUCCUCACACACUCUUCCUGCUGUAGCGCUUCAUGCCGUCACACCCCCUGCAAUCCUUCAGUUUCUCACUGUUUUUAAAUGAAAGAUGUGUAAUUAUUUUUCAAUGUAAUUAUGAUUAUUGUCCGCAAAUGAAAGUAAUAUUAAGUGUGUCCUUUUUAUAUGUGUUUUAUACAAAAUAAAGCUCUUUACUGUAA